GAAGGCACGGCUCGGCCAAGCGGUCUAGGAAGCCGCGGCCGGUCGCCCAGCGGGGGCAGUCGGAACCCCGCCAGACCGUCGGGAUUCAGCUCCCGUUGCCGGCGCAAUGCCUCUGUUCACUGCCAACCCAUUCGAGCAAGAUGUGGAAAAAGCCACAAACGAGUACAACACCACAGAAGACUGGAGUCUGAUCAUGGACAUCUGUGACAGGGUUGGAAGCACUCCCAAUGGAGCAAAGGAUUGCCUAAAAGCUAUAAUGAAAAGGGUAAACCAUAAGGUCCCUCAUGUUGCUCUGCAGGCAUUAACUCUUCUUGGAGCUUGUGUGGCAAACUGUGGAAAGAUAUUUCAUUUAGAAGUAUGUUCCCGUGAUUUUGCAACAGAAGUACGUGCUGUGAUAAAAAAUAAGGCUCAUCCUAAAGUAUGUGAAAAACUGAAAUCUCUAAUGGUAGAAUGGUCAGAAGAAUUCCAGAAGGACCCCCAAUUUAGUCUGAUAUCUGCAACUAUUAAGGCUAUGAAAGAAGAAGGAGUUACUUUUCCUUCAGCAGGUUCCCAGACUGUCUCGGCUGCUGCCAAAAACGGGGCAUCACUGAACAAAAACAAAGAAGACGAGGACAUAGCUAAAGCUAUUGAGUUAUCGUUGCAAGAGCAGAAGCAGCAGUACCCGGAGACGAAGGCUCUGUGUCCACCCGCAGAGAGCCAGUUGAGUAAUAAGGUUGCACGGAGAGUUAGAGCUCUAUACGACUUUGAGGCCGUUGAGGACAACGAGCUCACCUUUAAACACGGCGAGAUUAUUACUGUUUUGGAUGACAGUGAUGCCAACUGGUGGGAAGGAGAAAAUCACAGAGGAGCAGGACUCUUCCCCUCCAGCUUCGUAACGACUGAUUUAAGCACCGAGGUUGAGGCGGCAACAGUGGACAAAUCGAAUGUAAUUGAUGACGAUGUGGAGGAAAUUAAGAAGUCGGAACCUGAGCCUGUUUAUAUAGAUGAGGGUAAAAUGGACCGAGCCCUGCAGAUUCUCCAGAGCAUAGACCCAAAAGAUCCAAAACCCGACUCCCAGGACCUCUUAGACUUGGAAGAUAUUUGCCAACAGAUGGGUCCAAUGAUAGAUGAAAAACUUGAAGAAAUUGAUAGGAGGCACUCAGAGCUGUCGGAGCUGAACGUAAAGGUGCUGGAGGCCCUGGAGCUGUACAACAAAUUGGUCAAUGAAGCGCCCAUGUACUCAGUCUAUUCGAAGCUCCACCCGGCUCCUUACUCAGCCACAGCAGCUGGGGUUCCAGUGCAGACAUACCCAGUCCAGUCGCAUGGUGGGAACUACCUGGGUCAUGGCAUUCACCAAGUACCUGUUGCCCAGAGCUAUAACCUAGGACCUGAUCCUAUGGGCUCAUCGAGGUCUCUGCCUCCAAAUAUGAACUCAGUAACAGCACACACCAUCCAACCUCCAUAUUUAAGCACUGGACAGGACGCUGUCUCCAACCCUUCUUACAUGACCCAGAGCUCUCAUCUUCAGGCAGCUGCUGGGACAGCUGCUUACACACCAGCCAUGGGGGUGUCUGCAGACCUGUCCUCUUUCCAGAGCACAGCAUCCGGUUUGCCUCAGCUGGCUGGCUUUCCAGUGGCAGUUCCUGUACCUCCAGCCCCACAGCCACAAGCAAGUUACCACCAGCAGCCACUCCUUUAGAGACACACCAGGACCUGCUGAACGGCUUCGUGGGUGUGCCACUUAACCCAGGGGAUUCUAAUCUGAAAUAGUAAAAGUUUCCCCUCUCAGUCAAAAAGAACCAUAAGUAAAUAAAGCACAAAACCCCACCUUACCCUGAA